UUGAAUAAACUCAAAAUGAUAUCCUUGUUCGCUUUUAAAACUUUUGGGUUUUCAUUUCUGUGAUAUCCUAAAAAUCUGUACCAGUUUAAAAGACAAAACUCAAAAGACUUAUUUCUGAAAUCAGUGUUUCUUAUACUGGGGCUGAAGACUUCCGGUUAAAUAUUUUGAGGAGUCUAAAUUGUUUUUUAAAAGGUGUCUGAAUAUGUUUUAAAUGUGAAAGCAUUGACCCAGGGUAUUCAUACUACUAGAGUGAUUACUGUGAGUCUAUAUUGCCAAGACUGGGUUCAUUGAAUAUUGAGUAUUUGUCCUGGUAAACUUCACAUCUAAUGAGGCAGGUAAGUAACCAGGCAAUUACAAUACAGCGUUACAAGGUACUGUGAUAGAGAGGUACAGGGUGCCAGAAGAACUACUAGGAGGAAAAUUUCAUCCAACGUCUGAAGUGAAGAAAAGCUAGAAAUGUAGCCAAGAGGUAAACAAAAGGUGAUUUCGUGAAAAACUAUAAGCCACGUUUACAAGUUUGGACUUUAACCUGGCAACAUAGGCUUAGCAAUACACAUUGGGGAUGAUAUGAGUGCACUCAUCUAAUUUGUACUAGUUACAAAUGGCUUAGACAUAAGACAGCAAAUAUGGAAAUGCAAUUAAGAAAUUGGGGUUUAAGAGAAGUCAGUGGGUUCAAGAAAUACUUAAAAAGUAGAGUGAAUAUAACUUAAAUGGAUGAGGUACGGUGUGAGAGAGGACAGUAAUGAAAUGACUCCCAGUUCCUGGCUUCAGCACCUGGAUGGAUAGCAGUGUACCACCUGAUACAACACAGAAGGAAAAGCAGGAGGGGAAGGGGUUUUCUUACAUGUCUGUUUACCUCAAAAUGAGUGUUAGUUUCACCUUUUUAAGACCUUUUGCCCGAUUUUUGAUGCCAUUUGCCCUUCAUAGGAAGAGAAGGUUUUUAUAUUCAACGAUUCUACAGAGAUACAUGUCUUCCAGAACACCAUCUGUGUCCUAUCCUAAUAAGGAGAAUACAUCACCUUCCAAAGAGCUGGAAUUGGAUGGAUGGAAAAUUACAAUGAAAUCUAGUGUGCAAGAAGAAGGUGUUUCAACAAUCUCAAGUGACAAGGAUGAAGAUCCUCUAGCUGCCACCAAGGAAUUAAUUGAGAUGUGGAGAUUGCUUGGCAAAGAAGUACCCGAACACAUCAGUGAAGAAGAUCUGAAAGCUGUUAUGGAAUGUGUUUCUAAGUCAUCAAAAAAAAAAUAUUUGAAAUAUUUAUAUGUUAAGGAAAACAUGAAAAAAGCUAAGCAAAUAAAAAAGGAAAUAAAAGCAGCAGCAAGGGAAAAAGCAAAAAAAGACCAGCUUCUAGAAACCACUAAGGAAGACAAACAGCAAAACUUUCUCUUUCUACGACUUUGGGAAAGGAAUAUGGACAUUGCAGUGGGUUGGAAGGGUGCCCAGGCCAUGCAGUUUGGGCAGCCUUUGGUUUUUGACAUGUCUUACAAUAAUUAUAUGAAACCAAAAGAACUGCAGAAUACUGUUUCUCAACUUUUAGAAAGUGAAGGGUGCAACAGAAAAAAUGCUGAUCCUUUCCACAUUUAUUUCUGCAAUCUUAAAAUAGAUGGUGAUUAUCAUAGAGAGUUAGUUAAACGUUAUGGAGAAAAAUGGGACAAAUUGCUUUUAACAGCAACAGAAAAAUCUCACACAGAUUUAUUUCCAAAGGACAGUAUUAUAUAUUUAACUGCAGAUUCUCCCAAUGUUAUGACUACUUUCAAGCAUGACAAGAUUUACAUAGUGGGAUCUUUUGUCGAUAAGAACAUGCAGCCAGGCACAUCCCUAGCACAUGCAAAACGGUUCAAUCUAGCAACAGAAUGUCUUCCAUUGGAUAAAUAUUUACAGUGGGACACUGGUGGCAAAAAUCUCACCUUAGAUCAAAUGAUGCGUAUUCUUUUGUGUCUGAAAAACAGUGGUAGUUGGGAAGAGGCUCUGAAGUUUGUUCCACAAAGAAAACAUACUGGUUUUCUGGAGGUUUCUCAAUUUUCUCAGGCAUUUGUCAACAGACUGAAGAAGUCAAAGGCUUUUAAUUCAUUUCCAAAAGUCUCUAAUCGACACACACAAAAGGUGUUGUAAAGUGAUAGCUUAAAAAGUAAAUGGUCACAAUAUAUGUUAAGUCAAACCACCAUGUCUUAGAGUGAUGUUAAGUCAAUUAUUGUUCAGUAAAAGGGGUGAAAAAGCAAAUGGACUGGAAAUGCAGUUCUACUAGUCUGUUUCUUCCUGAAUGGAAUCACUUACUCUUUCUUUUAAAGUUUGUCUUUCCAAACUAACUCAAGUGUUGUGUCUUUCCACAGUUAAUAUCUGCAGAACUUUGGAAAUAUAUUUUGUUUACUAUAAAAAUAAGUUUAGUAAUCUUUGAAAGUAUAAAGUAUUGUCCAAGUUUGUUGAGCCCAAUAAAACAAUUGUACCAUUGA